AUGGAACAUGUGCCAGGCCUUUUAAUCAACGGGCUCGAACAGCAACAGGGCCAUUCGAGUAACGGUUCUCUCCCGCUAUCGUUGCGUAGAUGGCACGAAGUAAGGCUGUUACCGCCUACGAAAGUCGUAGCGGGCUCAGUGCGUGAAUUGAAAGCGGCUAGUAUCGGUCGGUUGGUCAAGAUUUGUGGUAUCGUGACGCGGGCAUCCGAUGUUAGGCCGCUUGCUGAAGUCAUAACAUACACGUGCGAGACAUGCGGACAUGAUUCAUACCACGAUGUCUCCAACCAGAAGUCCUUCUUGCCUUUGUCACAUUGCACAUCUCAGCCCUGCGUCGCAAACAAGAUGAUGGGUCGUAUCUUCCCACAGACGCGAUCAUCAAAAUUCACAAAGUAUCAGGAGCUAAGAAUCCAAGAGCUACCUUCACAUGUGCCAGUUGGACACGUGCCCCGAUCGAUUGCUGUUCAUUGUCGUGGUGAACUCACUCGCCGUUGUAUUCCGGGUGAUACAAUUGUUCUUAGUGGCGUAUUUCUACCUCAAUACCAUAGUUGCCAGUUCACUGCGCUUAGGCGAGGGCUUAACACAGACACUUUUCUUGAAGCCAUGGCCAUUGAUAAGGUAAAAAAGAAUUAUUUUGAGCUAGAAGUGAACUCAGAAGUGGAUGAUCAAAUCGAUGAGCUUGCAAACUCACGAGAUGCAUACUCUAGGUUAGCACGAUCUAUAGCCCCUGAGAUUUUUGGUCACGAGGACGUCAAAAAGGCACUGCUGCUGCAAUUGGUGGGGGGCGUGACUCGGGCACUGGUAGAUGGAGUUCGCAUCCGUGGAGAUAUCAACAUAUGUCUUAUGGGUGAUCCUGGUGUGGCGAAGUCUCAACUCCUGAAGUCGAUUGCUGCAACAAGUCCGCGUGGUAUAUAUACGACCGGAAAAGGAUCUUCGGGGGUUGGGUUAACAGCGGCUGUUGUCCGAGAUACUUCUACGUCGGAGACGUCUCUGGAAGGCGGGGCACUGGUUCUUGCUGACUGUGGAGUGUGUUGUAUUGACGAAUUUGACAAGAUGGAUGAGUAUGAUCGUACAGCAAUUCACGAGGUCAUGGAACAACAGACGGUGUCUAUUGCCAAGGCAGGUAUAACCACAACGUUAAAUGCGAGAACCGCAGUCCUAGCUGCCGCGAAUCCCGUUUACGGGCGAUAUGUGAGGGGAAAGACCAUGGCAGAGAAUAUCAAUCUGCCAAACAGUCUUCUCUCUCGUUUUGAUCUCAUGUUUCUUUUGCUAGACACGCCCGAGAUUGAAGGAGAUGUUGCACUAGCACGCCAUGUCACACAUGUGCAUAGUCAUCUUUCCAAUCCUAAAUUGAAUUUCUUGGUCUUUGGUGCGGACUUUCUUGCACAGUACAUUGCACAAGCUCGCCAAUUUGAGCCCCUUGUCCCCAGAAACCUCAGUAGCACCAUCAUAGAGACCUAUGUUGCCUGGCGUCAACGUUCGGUUGAAAUUGAGCAGGGGUCUAUGACGCCGCGUCAGCUGCUUUCAAUCCUUCGACUCGCACAGGCCCUGGCACGGCUUCGGCUUGAUAGUCAAGUGUGUCAGGACGACGUGAGCGAAGCAUGCCGCCUCAGCCAAACAUCAAAAACUGCAUUGUAUUUGGAUUGUAGCAUCGUGUCGGAAGAUGCCAAAUCUGCUGCGUUUAAUCUGCUGUGCAACUGUGCCAAUGAGGGAAAUACACGAACACUGAAUUAUUCACAGGUGAAAAGUGCCGCUAUCAAGCAAGCUAUUCGGGAAGAUGACUUUCUUGCAAUGUUGCAGGAGUAUGAAGAGCUCGGCAUUUUAUAUAUUAAUGCCGAUCAUACAGCUAUUCAACUCUGUUAGUCGGCAGCCAGGCACGCCGCACUAGUAUGCUCCCUUUCGGCUUCGAACCACCAACCCGCAGCAUGCUUAUUGGGGGCAACGUUUGGCCCGAGAAAUGUCAUCGCUCGCAUGUAUUGAGCAUUGGUGGCGUCCCCCGAUCGUGACUAGCCUCUUGGCAAGCAUGACUGACUGGGCAGGCGAAUAUUACGUUAUUGAAGUAUAGUUUUCACCUGGAGAUGUUUGCUUGAAAAUAAAGAGAGGCUUGGAAGCUGUAAGUUCAAGUUGAGGUGGUUUCGUUGAGGGCAACAGCUGCAUCCUCCCUACUUACAGUAUCGGGCCCUUGAUAUAAGGAUGAAGUCUCCACCAGGCCCCAAGAUGCGCGUCUUUCUAAUAAUGCAGUCUCCGGGGCCCUGGUCCACCUAAAAUACCCAGCCUAUCUGCCCUGCUACUUCGACAUCGCCGACGUCACCCUAUGGAGAUGAACCUGUCUCGCUUGGGCGUAGCUCUCUAUCCCCAUUUAGACAUUGGGACGUACCUUCACCACAAAAGCACGCGGCGUCAGUAAAACACAAUCCCGGGAAAGGGCCACAUGCACCAAGUACGCCACCUGAGUUUCAUUUUUUUUGGAAUGGCCAAGUAUUUAAGCUGCAACUGGCCAAUAGAACAGGCGCGAGUAGGAGAGGGUUUGGGGGGGAUGAGCAGACUUGCUGCGAAGGUCGGUCCCCCGAUUAGGGUCAGAAUCUCCAAAUGAGCAUGCUCCGAUAGAGAUAAAAAACUUAUUUUUUAAUUUGAGCUUGGCUGUUGUUACCUUGCACCACAUUUACCUCCUCGUCUGCCUCAUGAGUUGAAGGAUUGGCGAUCUUCCUAUUGUUCGUGGGAAGAUAGUGAGAGAGAUCUGCAGCAAUCUUGCCAUUGCUCGAAUUUCCCGGAGCGACAACGACGAGCUUUCCAGAACAGUGCGUCGCAAUACCAGUGAGCAAAAUAUUGAGAAAAACAGCAAGGGAAUCUGCGAGGGGGUGUUUGUAAUGAAGGUCACUGCGAAAAGUCCCCUCUGCAUGGGCAUCGGCACAUCGAGCAAGAAGCUCAAGGAAAUCAACGAAGGAUAGCUGUCCAACCUUGGCACGAUCAUACUCAUCAAAGCACAAAAGUCGAGACCAGAGGAAGAGGAGCUUGUAAUCUUGCCGCUUUGGAAAUGGACCAAGAUUACUACUGUCGUAGAGGCCAGCGUCAUUCAGCAUCUGGUUCCAGAUAUCGAUCCCAAAAACAGCACGCGCUGGGCCAAAAUGCAUGCCACGCCGUUCCUUUGAUCCCAUAUGGUACAUGUUGUAGCAGUCAUAAACAGCUUUCAGCUCAUUGUGCACUCUCAGGAAAACAUCUUCAAUUACUGCAGUGUACAAGCGACCGUAACGAUAUCCGUCUAAAUCGACGUCGUACGCUGUUGUCGGAAGCCUCUCGUGCAUUACAGCAAAUAAAUGUUUCACGGCUAAAACGAGAGCAUUUGCGUGGCGCUUGCGGUAGAGUAGAGAGCCAAUUCGAACGACUGCCUCGAGCCAUUCAUGUACCAUCAAGUACAUAUCUAAAUUAAUAUCUGCAUCAG